AUGAUGGAACAAUCGACAGCUAUUACGAAACUUUUUCGUGCACUUCAAUUUCGUAAACAUGUUAAAGGUAAAUGUGGUAUAUCAUGGGCAUUAUCAACUGUUGAUGUUGCUUCUGAUCGUCUUUCACUUGUUGCAAAUAUCAAAUGGAAAAAUGAACCAUUAAGUGUACAAAAUGUUUUAUCAUGUACUGAUCCUGAAGCUAAAGAUGGUUGUCAAGGUGGUCGUGUUGCAUAUGCAUGGGGUUUUGUUAAAGAUCGUGGUGUUGUUACAGAAGCAUGUUAUCCAUAUGAAAGUGGUACAACAGGUAAUAUAACUGAAUGUAAACUUCAUUUAUCUGAUAGUGAUUUACAAAAUAUUGCACAACAUCGUAAAGUUACAAAUAUUGAUUGUCCAUCACAUACACGUGGUGAACAUUUUAAUUUUGGUCCUGCUUAUCGUAUUCGUGAUGAAGCACGUUCAAUUAAAUAUGAAAUACAUUUUCGUGGUCCUGUACAAGCAACAAUGCGUGUUACACCAGAAUUCUUCUUAUAUAAAUCAGGUGUUUAUCGUUGUGGUGGUUCAAGUUAUGAUCAUCAAAAUCCACGUUAUGCUAAUUUGGCAGGUUAUCAUUCAAUUCGUUUACUUGGUUGGGGUACAAGUGUUGACCCAAGUACACAAAAAGAAGAAAGUUAUUGGAUUGCAGCUAAUUCAUGGGGCACAGGAUGGGGUGAACAUGGUUAUUUUCAUAUUCGUUUUGGUGAUUGUGAAGUUGAAGAAUCAGUUAUUGCUACAUAUGGUAAAUCAACUGAAGUUCGUAAACAAAAGAAUAAACGUCAAUAA